GAGCUUGAUAAAGGACGAGGUCGGCGGACCAUGCAGAAAGCGGCGAACAUCAGCAGCGUUAAAGGCAGCAUCUUUUUCAACUUCAGCGUCUCAUUCGCGUCCGCCUGCGGUCGUUUAAAGCCGAAGAAGCGGAAGAGCGUCGGACAGGGUAACGUUAUGCCGGGAUCAGCACUGAGGCGGUCCGUGUGACGGCGGAGUUUCAGCGCUCAGCGGCCGUUUUCUGGUCGGAUCCGGACAUGAUGCGACGCUUCCCCGAGGACUGACACCGCAAACCAGCCACAUGUGCCGGAUUUCGUCGCCUCACGGGCACAUGCAGAACCGUCCCCGGCCGAUCACCCUGAGAUCAGGCAGGGAUAGUCGGGAGAUGUCCGCUUAGACACGGCACAAUUCUCACAGCGUGCGGACCCGUCAUAUGCUGUUCCGUGCAAAUAGCGAAGGAGUCGCAGAUCUUUAUUUCCGUCAACACUGAACUUUUCCUAGAGGAAUCGUCUUGCUGGGGUCCGGGAGACCCCUCGGUACCACAUCGAUCGGAAGAAAAACGCAGAGCUUCACCGUGGUGCUGAAAGGACAGCUCACAGCGCUGCCGGUGUCCUAGGAGCGCUCCGCUUCGUUCCGGGGACGCAGCAUCAGCACCGCCGCCCAUGCAGUCGGCACCGCGUGCCCUGCGCGGCCCCGUGUCCCCGGUCUGAGCGCUCCUCCGCGGGUUCAUGGCUGUGGCACGCAAAAUCAAAACUCUGCUGACCGUCAACAUCUUGGUCUUCGUGGGGAUCAUCCUGUUCUCGGUGUACUGCAGGAUUCAGGACCGCUCCGAGGAGCUGCUGCACGUCGGAAGGGCAUCGGACCGACUUCGCAGCAGGACCGGCAAAGUUAGCAGCCUGCUCGACCGGCAGUCAAUACUUCAGAGGCUGGAGCAUCUGGAGGAUGUGGUCUACAACCAGCUAAACGGUCUCGCCAAGCCCAUGGGCCUGGUGGAGGGGCCCGGUGGAGUGGGCCAGGGGGGUGUUGCAGCCACCCUGAGGGAGGACAGCCCCGAGGCGGAUGGCAAAUACGAGGAGUUCGGCUACAACGGGCAUCUGAGCAACCGCAUCUCACUGGACCGGACCAUCCCCGACUACAGACCCAAAAAGUGUAAACAGAUGAACUACCCUGACGACCUUCCGCAGAUCUCUGUGGUCUUCAUCUUCGUGAACGAGGCCCUGUCCGUUAUUCUGCGGUCUGUGCACAGCGUGGUCAACCACACCCCAGCUCACCUCCUGAAGGAGAUCAUCCUGGUGGAUGACAACAGUGACAGUGUGGAGCUGAAGUUCAACCUGGAUCAGUACGUGAACAAGCGCUAUCCUGGCCUGGUGAAGAUCGUCCGCAACAGCAAGAGGGAGGGUCUUAUCCGGGCACGGAUACACGGCUGGCAGGCGGCCACGGCCCCCGUUGUUGGCUUUUUCGAUGCGCACGUCGAGUUCAACACAGGCUGGGCUGAGCCGAUUUUAACCAGAGUAAAAGAGGACCGCACUCGAAUCAUCCUGCCUGCUAUAGAUAACAUCAAGUACAACACAUUCGAGGUGCAGCAGUAUGCCAACGCAGCCCACGGCUACAACUGGGGACUCUGGUGCAUGUACAUCAUCCCCCCGCAGGACUGGCUGGACAAAGGCGAUGAGACCGCGCCCAUCCGCACGCCAGCCAUGAUUGGCUGCUCCUUUGUGGUGGACAGAGAGUACUUUGGGGAUAUCGGACUCCUGGAUCCAGGCAUGGAGGUCUACGGUGGAGAAAACAUUGAGCUUGGCAUGAGGGUGUGGCAGUGCGGGGGAAGCAUGGAAGUCCUCCCCUGCGCCCGGGUGGCACACAUCGAGCGCACCAAGAAGCCCUACAACAACGAUAUUGACUACUAUGCCAAGCGGAACGCCCUGCGGGCAGCGGAGGUCUGGAUGGAUGAGUACAAGUCUCACGUCUACAUGGCCUGGAACAUCCCCAUGAACAACCCCGGCGUGGACUUUGGAGACGUGUCCGAGAGGAUCGCCCUCCGCAAGAAGCUGCGCUGCCACAGUUUCCAGUGGUACCUGGAGCACGUCUACCCAGAGAUGCGGGUCUACAACAACACCAUCACCUACGGGGAGGUGAGAAACAGCAAAGCAAGUGGAUACUGUUUGGACCAAGGCUCUGAGGACGAUGACAAAGCCAUCCUGUACCCGUGUCACGGCAUGUCCUCUCAGCUUGCCCGAUACUCCACAGAAGGUCUCCUGCAAUUAGGGCCCCUUGGCUCGACCACAUUUCUGCCCGACACCAAAUGUCUCAUAGACGAUGGCAGAGGCCGCACACCGAGCUUGAAGAAGUGUGACGCUGUUUCUCGAGUAUCUCAGAGGCUUUGGGAUUUCACACAGAAUGGACCAAUCAUCAGCAGGGACACUGGAAGGUGCCUGGAAGUGGAGAUGUCCAAAGACGCCAACUUCGGCUUGCGGCUGGUGGUGCAGAGGUGUUCUGGACAGAAAUGGAUGAUACGUAACUGGAUAAAGCACCCCAGACAUUAAAGCAGCCAUGAAGGUUACUCCUGGCUUUGUCCCGAGACACGGCAGAUGGAGAUGGAGCGACCACGCUGAGGCAGAGCAGGCCAGGAACCCCGCAGACGGGCAGCCAUGAAAGACGACGGGUUGCCAUCUUUAGCAGCCAUCGUGUUUACUGCCCCUGUCCCUCGGGCACGACGACGUUUGACAAUUCUGAACAACAGGAUAAAUGACUAACACCAUAUUUCUGUGGGCCGCUGGCUCUAUGCUCAGAGCAAGCGAGCUGCAAUUUCGGAAAUCCUCUAGGCAUACCAUAAUACAAGGAAAGUUUGAAAGAAUGCAAGCAAAACAAGGAUCAGGAAGGCAGGAUGCUGACACAUUAGCUGAUGAACAAAACACAAUUUGAGUCCUUAUUAUGGUAAUUUUACAUAGCAGGGUUGGGACUUCUGGAUCAUGACACAAUCCUGACUGGAACCGUCUGUUCUCAUAAGGCAACUGCUGUCUAUUCAUUUGGUUUCUUUUUGUUUUUUAUUUUUAAUUUAAUAACUGAUGCACAACUUAGGAUUUAUUAUGUGCCUUUUCCAUUAUUAUGCUUUGUCUGACCUGGGAAUAGCUAUUCCUCAAGCAUGUACAAAUGAUUUUAUGGAAAAAGCUAAUUAAAUACAUUAAAAGAUAAACUAAUGUAAAAAUGUUAUAUAAUGUAUCGUAAAAUUGAAUGAGGCUGCAGCCUUUAAACAAACGAUCAUUAUUAAAUGUUUAUAUGAGAAAGGUA